AUGCAACGCUUGAAAAAUAUUUGCCUAAACCUCAUUUUCCUUGUUAAAAUUUUUUCUGAUGCUUCCAAAUUGAAUCCCGUUCUUGUAGAAUCCUGCAAUGCCAAAGAUAAAGAGGCAUUACUCGAUUUGAAGCACAGGGUCGAAUAUUCAGAUCGAGCAAGAAUAAGUACCUGGGACUCAAACACUGACUGUUGUACUGCCUAUAAACGUGUGGAACGUGAUGCUACCAAUGGAAGAGUGGUUCGAAUCAACCCGUUUCUACAGCCGGAUGAUCCAAAUUUCGAUUUGUCUGUCUUUGGGGAAGGUACUAUUUCUCCUUUCCUAGGUAAUCUCACCUAUCUUCAAGUCCUUGAUCUAACUGGUUUUUCUGAACCAUCUAACACUGACCCUAACUAUAUCUUUGGAUUAAGUGGUCCAAUCCCUUCUGAACUCGGAUUUGUGAUUAAAAAUAAAGUUGGACGAAAUGAGAAAAUUGGAGCGGAACGAGGAAUAAACUUAAUUCGCGAGGUGGUGGAAGCUUGCCCUGUUUCUAUUGUUCAUGAGUUAAAUUCUCCACCACAAUAUUUUGCAACUUGGAUGAUUAAAGAAGAACUUGAUCAAAAUAAACUCAACGGACCCAUACCCAAAUCCAUUGGUAAAUUAUCCCAAUUGCAAUAUUUGGAUCUUAACCAUAAUCAAGUCAAUGGAUCCAUACCGGGUUCUAUUGGUAACCUCUCCCAAUUGAAAUAUUUAUACCUUGAUCAUAAUGAACUUACCAGAUCUAUUCCGGGUUCUAUUGCUAAACUCUCACUAUUGGAAUAUUUAUACCUCAAUGAUAAUCAACUCACUGGAUCAAUUCCUCUUUCUAUUGGAAACCUUGUUUCUAUACUUCAUAUGGACUUAGGACACAAUAGAUUGACUGGUGUGCUGCCAAAUUCCAUAGGAAAUCUCACCCAAAUCAAGAGUCACAACUCGUUUCUAGACUUGUCUAAUAAUCAUCUAAUCGGCCCUCUUCCUUCAGAAAUAUCCAAAGUAAAAAUAUUCCGUCUUGAUCUAUCCUAUAAUCCACUUGGAUUAAGUAUGACACCAAAUUGGAUGUCGAAUUUAGCCCUCUACAAUCUUUCAUUAGCAAAUACACGGACUAAAGGACUUUCUUUAGAACGUACAAAUGAUUAUGUUCCUUAUAUUGGUCGAGUUGUUCGAGAGCUUGAAAUAGUAAACAAUAUGAAUUAUUUAUAUGAUAUUGUGCAUGAUUCAAAUAUGGACACAUGGCCUUUAAGGUGUCACCGAUGUGAGUUUAAGGAACUAUUUCAUGUGUACUACUCCUACAAUUGGUUGGAUAUAUUUGCUUAA